AAAUUUUGGGAGUUCUUCUCUGAAGAUCUCUAGAGAGAGAAAUCGAAUAAUUUUUAUAGGAAUGAUGAAAGAAUCCGAGUGAUAGAUUUUUUUGAUAUUAUUAUUAUUUUUUGAUUAAUCAGAGGAGAAUUAAUGUUGGCAUGAUUUCUGAAAUUGCAUCAAAUUAAAGUUGGCAUGAUUUCUGAAAUUGCAUCAUUGAUCAUAAUCAUACGCAUGUUUGUUUAGUGUUGGAGUAUAUAUAUCGAAAUCUAGAGUAUUAUAUACGGUAUAAUUAUCGUAUCAAGUAUAGUGCAUAUAAAACUUUUUGGGGAUCGAUGCCGGGAAAUCGAAAAUUGCAGAGGAAUGGUUCAGUGCCCGAUAAAGUUGAAGAGGUCAUGAGACGGUUAAAGGUAGAGGAGAGCGAUGAUAAUGGUAGGGUGGGUGAUGAUCCGGGUGCAUACCCGGAUCGACCAGGUGAACCGGAUUGCAUAUAUUAUUUGAGAACAGGUUCUUGUGGUUAUGGAACCAGUUGUCGUUUCAAUCAUCCUUCUAAUGCUGGACAAGUAAAUACUAUUGUGUAUGGCGUUAAAAACACUAGUGAGCUGCCAGAAAGAGCGGGGCAACCAGAUUGUGGGUAUUAUCUAAAGACAGGGACUUGCAAAUAUGGAUCCACAUGUAAAUAUCAUCAUCCUAAGGAUAGGCAGGCAGAUGUCUUAAUGAAUCUUGUAGGCCUACCAAUGCGCCAGAAUACAAGAUCAUGUCCUUAUUAUAUGCGGACUGGAUUAUGUAAAUAUGGAUAUGCUUGCAAGUUCCAUCACCCACAACCUGCAACAACAACUAAUGUCUUACCAGUAAUAGGACCUGUCUAUGGUUCUGGUGGCUCUACAGGAGCACCUUCACCUGGGGCACCAUCUAUAGGUGAUCCAUCAACAACACCAUUGUCAAAGGCAACUUACUUUUCCAAUUCACUCCUUCAACUUCCACAAAACUAUAUACCCUUAUUUCUGUCUCCAUCACAAGGAUGGAAUACAUAUAUGGGUAGUGUCGCUCCUUUGUCUGUUACUAGUGUUCUUACUACACCAGCUUCUAAUGGGCAGUUGUCAGCCUCAUAUCUGCCAGAAAGACCAGAUCAACCAGAAUGCCGAUAUUUCAUGAUCCAUGGUAGUUGUAAAUAUGGAUUAGACUGCAAAUAUCACCACCCUAAGGAGAAGAUCUCACAAGUGGCAUCAAGUUCUCUUGGCCCACUUGGGCUUCCUUUAAGACCUGGACAACCCAUAUGUUCAUAUUAUAGUCUUUAUGGACUUUGCAAAUAUGGGCCUACGUGUAAAUUUGAUCACCCAUUGGAUGGAUAUUCUUAUGCAUAUAGUCUGGCCGUCCCUCCUCUGGCUGCUGCUUACUCGUCCACCACACCAUAUCAGAGAGCAACACCAUUGGUGCCCUUGUCUGAAACGUCUCUGGCCAAACCAUCAAGGGUGAGCGAUUGCAUCAAGAAAGGAGAAACUACAGGCAAUAAAAAUCAGCAGCCCAAGACAAAGAACGUUGGAGAUUCACCCAAUCCGUCUGAUUCUCUACCACAUUAGUCCAAGUCGUCUUCUGAGGUUGUGAAUGAAACUGAUUAACAGGUUGUUAACACUACUAGAACCAACACCGAAACAACCACCACCAAGAUGAUGUGAGGUAGAGGUAGGGAAGGGGAGUGUUGGUGCUGGUUUAGUUUUGUUUUUGUUUCUAUCUUUAUUUUAUUUUUUCCAUUAUCUUUGCCCACAUUCUCUUACUUGUGGAGGUACUGUUAUGUGAAAUUAAAUUUAAUGAUUUGAUAGGAAGACUCUUUCAGUUC